CUUCCAAUACUUAUUCCUACCUGUCCAUCUACCUAUCAACCAUAAUUAACUGCAACUUAGCCUCAUGGCACAAUCCCUAUCACUCCUUUCCUUUCUUCUUCUUUUUUCUUAUUAUUCCACUCUAACAAUGGGGGCCUACAAUGUACUAAACUACGGCGCGGAGCCCGACGGCCAAACUGACUCGGCGAAAGCAUUCCUAAGUGCGUGGGCCGAUGCGUGUGGAUCCGGCAGCCCCGCGACGAUGUACGUACCCGCGGGCAAUUUCUUCGUCAGCCAGGCCGUCUUUCAAGGGCCCUGCAAAAGUUCCGAGAUCAAGAUGUACAUUGACGGGACCGUCGUCGCCUCGUCGAGCUACGACGGGGAGGCGGCCUGGUUGAUGUUCAAGUAUGUCGAUGGUUUGUCCAUCUUCGGCGGGACUAUCGACGGGCAGGGGCGGGCUUUCUGGGCUUGCAAGACGGCCGGUCGGAGUUGCCCCUCGAGCACCACCUCACUUACCAUUGCUAAAUCGAACAACAUCCUCAUCAGCGGGCUGUCGACGGUGAACAGCAAGGGCUUCCACAUCUCCAUUUUUGGCAGUAACGGCGUGACGGUGCAAGGCACGAAGAUCACCGCGCCCGGUAACAGCCCCAACACUGACGGCAUUCACAUCCAGAUGUCGAGCGACGUCACUGUCACGAGCAGCAGCAUAAAGACUGGCGACGACUGCAUCUCGAUCGGCGAGGGCGCGAACAAUGUGUGGAUUGAGAAGAUCAACUGCGGCCCCGGUCAUGGCAUAAGCAUUGGAAGCUUGGGGGAUACACCGUCGGAGUCCGGGGUGCAGAACAUCACGGUGACGUCGGUUGUUUUCACCGGAACGCAGAACGGGCUCAGGAUCAAGACGUGGGGGAAACCGUACAGCGGAUUCGUGAAGGACGUAAAGUUCGAGCACGCCGUCAUGCAGAAUGUCCAGAACCCCAUCAUUGUUGAUCAAAACUACUGCCCUGGCGACGUUAACUGUCCAGACCAGAGCUCCGGGAUCAAGAUCAGCGGGCUGGCGUACACCGACAUCCAGGGAACGUCGGCCACGCAGCUGGCGGUGAAGUUCGACUGCAGCUCGAGCAACCCGUGCAGUGGGAUCACGAUGCAGGACAUCAAGCUCACGUAUCAGAACCAGAACGCGCAGUCCUACUGCAAGAACGCCGGCGGCAGCACCUCGGGAUUUAUUAUCCCUCCGAGUUGUCUCUGACAAUACUAGAUUAUUUGGCAACUGGAGAUUAUUACUACCGAUUACGAGAUCUUAAUUAUAUAGA